AUGACUACUAAUGAGUCUUUAGAUCCCCCUACCUCUUACAAAGACAACUUAACUCUGGCAGAAAGAAGGGCCCUAAUAGAAUUAAGUCGAGAAUCUAAUUUGGUCAUUAAGUCAUCAGAUAAAGGUGGUAACAUCGUACUGAUGGACAAAGCUAAUUACAUUGAGAUGUGCAUGGAACAUCUUGAAAAUACUGAUAUGUAUCGCCGUCUGCCAACAGAUCCAACCACCGAAUACCUAACCGAAUUAAAAUCCAUUUUGGAAAUUGCAGAAAUUGAAGGCAUCAUUAGUAACGACUAA